AUGACCACACCAGAGCGAAAAUACUACCUUGUGACUGGCGCAAGUCGAGGUCUCGGUAUCGGAUUAGUACAACAAUUACUUGGCCGCCCCGAGACCACAGUUAUAGCAGCUGUCCGUGACAUUGAGUCGGCAAGCCCACGCCUUCUCGCCCUUCCCAACGAAAAGCAAAAUACAUUGAUCAUUGAAAAGCUCGACAGCGCAAAUGAUGACGACGCUUUAACCGUUUUGGAGUCGCUGAAAGAGAUACACCAAAUCCCCCAUCUUGAUGUGAUUAUUGCCAACGCCGGGAUGUCACAAGAAAAGGCUUCUGCAGCCGUGGUAAGAAAGCAGGCUAUGAGAGAUCAUUUCAAUGUCAACGCGAUAGCAGUAUUGUUGCUUUACCAGGCAACAAAGCCUCUUCUCCGAUCCGGUGGAAAGUUUGUCGCCAUCUCGUCGACAUCUGGAUCAAUCCUCGAUGUGGCUGCUAGGCCAAGUUCGAAUAUCGCAUAUGGUUCCUCAAAGGCCGCGUUGAACUACAUUAUCCGCAAAAUCUAUUUCCAGGACAAAGAUCUGAUCACCUUCCCCGUCCACCCAGGAUGGGUGCAAACCGACAUGGGCAACAGUUCGGCCAGAAAGCAAGGCCUAGAGCAGGCUCCAGUAACUGUAGAGGAGUCCACGCGAGGGAUCCUCGACUUGAUCGAUAACGCCACCAGAGAAAACUCGAACCGAUUCCUCGACUACAAUGGGGAUGAAGUACCAUGGUCGACUUGUAUUUCAUACCUCCUCGAUUUGGCCAUCGAGGUUGUGUCUAGAAAUGUUGUUGUUUAUAAUCUACACCAACUACGCACUCUGACUAAGAGUAUGAUAAUUAAUCAUAGGGUCUAG